CAGCGGUUGGAACUUGUUGCGUUGCAGUGGCUUCUGUUGGAUUAUUUGUUUAUAAGAAAUAUGGACGUCUUAGGAAAGUUCUGGAAAAAACCGAACACGACUUUGAAAAGAUAAAGGAUGACAAGGAUGCUGAAAACAGGAAACUGAGAGAGAUGUUGGAAGAGAAGGACAGAAAGUUACAAGAAGCGGAAGAACGCUGGAAUAAAUUUGCCGAUGAAUACGAAGAGGUGGUCCAGGAAAUGGAUGACAGGAUAAACGACUUGGAAAUGGAGAAACAGGACAUGAGCGAGGAACUUGGAAGUGCUCUCCUCCGUGGGAAGGAGAUGGAGGCUCUGCUGGAAGACGCGAGAGCACGAGAGCUUGAGAUGAAGAGUUCUUUGCUGUCCCUGGAAGAAAGGCUCCAGCAGAAGGAUUGCCAAAUAGAAGAUAUGUUGAGCGUCGAACGAAGACUGAAACUCGAAAAGCAACAGUUGGCCAAAAAAAUUAAACAAGAUGAUAUCCAGAUGGCAUCACUGUUGGCGGAACUGGAAGAGGCAGAGAACGAGAUCGGCCAUUGCUUUAACAUCAUACAGGAAAAAGAGAACAGUCUUAAGGAUUACUUUGAAGGAGAAAUUAAAAAGAAGGAUGAGGUGAUAGAAAAACUUCACGAGGAACUUGGAAGUGCUCUCCUCCGUGGGAAGGAGAUGGAGGCUCUGCUGGAAGACGCGAGAGCACGAGAGCUUGAGAUAAAGAGUUCUUUGCUGUCCCUGGAAGAAAGGCUCCAGCAGAAGGAUUGCCAAAUAGAAGAUAUGUUGAGCGUCGAACGAAGACUGAAACUCGAAAAGCAACAGUUGGCCAAAAAAAUUAAACAAGAUGAUAUCCAGAUGGCAUCACUGUUGGCGGAACUGGAAGAGGCAGAGAACGAGAUCGGCCUUUGCUUUAACAUCAUACAGGAAAAAGAGAACAGUCUUAAAGAUUACUUUGAAGGAGAAAUCAAAAAGAAGGAUGAGGUGAUAGAAAAACUUCACGAUCAACUCGAAGUUGCUCUCCAACGCGAGAAGGAGAUGGAAAGCUUCUUAAUAGAAGUAAAAGGAAAUGAAAGAAAAGUUAACCUUUUCAAAGAACUGCUGGAGCAUAGGAACAGUCAAGUAAAAGAGUUGUUACUUGAAGUAGAGAGACUGAAAGGUGAAAAUGAAGCGUUGGAACAAAAAUGGGCAAAUGCACUGAUAGAAGCAGGGUUAGAACAACAACUGCUAAGGCAGAGGGCAGAAGAAUAUGUAGAAAUAAGUUUCUUCUGGCAGCAGAAGUUUGAAGAAGUUAACAAAGAGGUCGAGAUGACAAAGCAUCGUGAAGAGGACCUUCGAGGAAAACUGAAGGACUGUGAAAAGGAAAUGGAAAUGGCAGUCAACAGCGUAAGGGAGAUGAAAGAUAAUGUCAAACUUGCUGAAGAUCAGCUAAACGAAAAUCAUCUGUUUAUCAAGGAGAAGGAGGAAGAGCAUAAUGAAAUGAAGAUGCAGUAUCAAGAGGACCUCAAGGAAAAGGACGACGAAAUAGAGAGACUGCUAGAAAUGGUGAGGAAUCUGCUUCAAGAGCAGGAACGUGCCCGAGAACAGCAGAGGAUAAAAGAACAAACGUUGAGGAAUGAAGAUAAAUAUUUGCUGAUGGCACUUCUCCAUGGAAUUGCUGAGAGGAAUUUCCAUCUCGAUCACAUUGCACUCGAGCAUGGAAAUGAAAAUCAGCAAAACAUUACUGAAGAAGAGCAGCAGGGAAAAGAGAGAAACGAAGAACUAUUUGAUUACAUGCAGAGAAGAAAACAGGAACAAUAUAACAGGGCUCAACAAGAGAGGAACAAUUACAUGAAGCAGUGGAGCGAUUUAACCCAGAUGUUGGAAGCCCUAAUGUGUGGAGAUGAAAGUGUGCCAGAACUGAGGAAUGGAAUUUCUGGUCAGAACUCUGAAAUUGAGACCCACACGGAUAAUAAAACUUAUCAAGGCCAUGAUGACAUUCAGGUUUUGCAGAAAGAAUAUGAUGAAGUAUCUAGACGGCUGAAAGAGGCGAAAGACAGGCUUGAAAAGGCAGAAGAGAAGGCGCAGGAGGCAGAGGGCAAACUCAGAGAGGCAGAAUGUAAGCUGACCCAAAAGAACACCCAAAUUGAAACCCUUGAUCAUCGAGCAGUGCUCAAAUCUGAGGUAGACCGAUGUAUUGAUGAUCAAGAUUUCGAUUCUGCUCUUGCUCUCUUGAGAAUUAUUGUAAAACGGUUUGGCAACGAGUUAGAGUGUCGGGUCAAGGAGGUAAGAUGUUUGUUGACGCUAGCCAGGACAGACGAGGCCCAGGAUGUGCUAAAUGAUCUUCCCAAAGAAUUCAAGGACUCUUUUAUUAUUAAAAUAGAGUCAGCUUUGCUCAGUGCGUGCAAUUUGGAGUUCUGGAAUUCCAGAAACCUUUUGUCGCAGGUGCUAGAUAUAUGCCCAAAUCACCCAAGGGCAUUGAUAGCACAAAAAUUUAUAGAGCAGAGGAUGCUAUGGGAAGCUCUUCCUGGGAUGAUUGAUGCCAAGGACUAUGACAUUGCCCUGGAAAAUAUUGCUGUGGCCAUGUCUCUGGGAUGUCUCUAUCCUUGGGUAUCAGUCGACUUGGCCAGAAUUAAAGGAAACAUUUUGUGCAGCCUUGGAAAGUUGCAAGAGGCAUGUGAAUGUUUCAUCAGUGUUCUGGCUGUGGAUGAGGACCAGGAGGACUGCAGGUUACGUCUAGGCUUGUGCUUCUUAUUACUAGGAAGACACACAGAUGCUAUUAACGAGUUUACAAGAUUGGAUGAAGAUAAAAAUGGAGAAUACUUAAUAUCACUGGCUGAAGACCUGGAGAAAAUGCAACAAUAUGGUUGCCCCUACAGAGUCCUAGGAGUUGAGACAGAUGUUGCUCUGGAUGAAAUAAGAAUUGCCUACAGGAAGAGUGCCUUAAAAUACCACCCCGAUAAGAACAAAGAGGCUGACAAAGACAGCGCGCAUUUACUCAUGCUUCAAAUCAAUUAUGCGAAUGAUUUAUUAAGUAAUAAAAAGGAGAAGAAAAAAUAUGACAACACCAGGCAAGCUCUUGAAGAGUAUGCAGCUGAAGUAUUUAAAAAUCCUAACCUACCAGAAUGGUUAGAGGAUGAUGAUGAGGUCGAUGAAUCAGAAAGUGAUUGUGACUGGAAAAAUAAUUCUGAUUCUGAUGACGAAUCUGAUUCUGGUGACGAAUCUGAAUCUGAUUCAGAAGAUGAUUCUGAUGAAGAAUCUGAAUCUGAUUCAGAAUCUGAUUCUGAUGACGAAUCUGAAUCUGAUUCAGAAGAUGAUUCCGAUGUUGAAGGGAAUUUAGCAUUAAUGGAAUGUUCCCAUAGUGAUUAUUUAGAAAAUGAAUCAAGUUUUGGCCAACUGGAGGAGGAGGAUGACGAUGAAGUAUUGGAGGAUGAGGAGGACGAGAAUGAAGAUGAUGCAUGGGAAGAUAUCCCUAAUGAGGAAUAUCUCGAAGAAUCAGACGAGGAAGGUGAUGAAUAUGACGCUGAUGAUGAAGAUAAUGAUGAUGCAUGGGAAGAUAUUCCUAACGAGGAAUCUUCUGAGGGAGGUGAUGAAAUUGACGCUACUUCUGGCGAAGAAUCACAAGAUGAAUGUGAUAGCGAUUCAGUUGAGGAGUCUGAUGAUGACUCUGAUGAUGAAUAA